AAUGUGAAGAAACUAAACUUUGGCCAACUUUGGUAAACGGCUCUUGUGGACUGGACUUUGACAUUUUAAUUUUAAAUUGUUCCAACUGUGCGAGUGACUGACCUUCCUUUCUCUUCUACUAGAGACAAAUUAGCGAAAAUGUCGGAGAAAAGUAGCCCUGUAAAAUAUUUUUUGAGCGGUGGUUUUGGUGGUGUUUGUACCGUUUUAUCGGGACAUCCGAUGGACACGAUAAAAGUGAGAUUACAAACUAUGCCUCUUCCUCAACCAGGAGAAACAGUCUUGUAUAAGGGCACUUGGGACUGUUUCAAAAAGACGGUGCAACUUGAAGGAUUCCGAGGACUCUACAAGGGUAUGUCGGCGCCUUUAACAGGAGUCGCACCUAUUUUUGCUAUCAGUUUUUUCGGUUUUGGUUUAGGUAAAAAGUUGAUAAAGUCUGAGGAAGAUCAAGUGCUUACAAAGACAGAAUUAUUUGCUGCAGGUGCUUUCUCUGGUGUGUUCACAACUUCUAUUAUGGCACCUGGGGAGAGAAUAAAGUGUCUACUCCAAAUUCAACAAGGUGCAAAUGCACCACAAAAGUACAAAGGCAUGGUCGACUGUGCCAGACAGUUAUACGCAGAGGGUGGCAUGAGAAGCAUCUACAAAGGAAGUGUUGCUACAAUUUUAAGAGAUGUGCCAGCUAGUGGUAUGUACUUCAUGACAUACGAGUGGAUAAAAGAGGUCCUUGUACCAGAGGAUGCAAGUAAUAAACUGAAGAUGGUGGCUACCAUAGUAGCUGGAGGUUGUGCGGGGAUAGCUAACUGGCUGGUGGGCAUGCCGGCCGAUGUACUCAAAAGUAGACUUCAAACAGCCCCAGAGGGUACAUAUCCAAAUGGAAUGAGAGAUGUCUUCAAACAGUUGAUGGAGAGGGAGGGUCCACUGGCUUUAUACAAGGGUGUAACUCCAGUCAUGAUAAGAGCUUUCCCAGCAAAUGCUGCAUGCUUUGUUGGAUUUGAGUUGGCUGUCAAAUUCUUGGACUGGGUUGCACCAAACCUUUGAUACUAUUAAUAACAACCAUUUAGAGAUUUUUAAAUAUUUAGUUACUUUCUGUAAGUUAAAAUAUAUUUAUCUGUUACAUAAUUGUGUUUACAAUUAUAUGAAACACAGAUAAUUUAAAACAUGACAAUGUCUAAUGCUUAAAAAUGUAAAUAAAUAUCAAAAAUACAUUAAGUACAUAAGUUAAAUUCAAUUUUCUAAGUUUAACAAUGUUAUUUACUGUAAAUAAAUAAAAACUGAAAAUCAUUUGUUAAAUUAUUAUUUUAUUUUUGAUAUUUGUUAUGCAAGAUGUACUACCAAAUAUUAUUUUGAAUAAAUAUUGCCAAUGAUUUUCCAUGCGACAGGAAGUUAUAGACUUUAGACUAUUUGUUCAGUGCCUUGAAUAAACAACUAUUUUAUC